AUGCUUUCCCAAAACAGAAAAUGCAAAGCAUCAAUCACUUUCACAAACACCAUUUCCAUAAUACUUAUGCUUCAGACAGUGAUUGUCUCAGCCGAUUUCAACGAACUCUUCGAGGCUGACUGGGCGCCAGAUCACAUCGUUGCUCAAGGCGAUCGAAUUUCACUCUCUCUCGAUUCUUCCACAGGAUGCGGAUUCGAAUCAAAGAAGAAGUAUUUGUUCGGAAAAGCAAGUGCUGAACUGAAACUGGUGCAAGGAGAUUCAGCCGGAACCGUCACUGCUUAUUAUAUGUCAUCGCAAGGGGCGAAUCACGAUGAGCUCGAUUUCGAGUUUUUGGGGAACGUAUCGGGAGAGCCGUACAUUGUGCAAACAAACUUGUACAUCAAUGGCACCGGCGACCGCGAGCAGAGGCAUUACUUGUGGUUUGAUCCUACUUUGGAUUUCCACACUUACUCCUUUUUGUGGAAUCGUCGCUCCAUCUUGUUUCUUGUGGAUGAUAUUCCGAUAAGAGAAUAUACAAACAAGGAGAGGAAAGGAAUGCCAUAUCCGAGAAAGCAAGCGAUGGGGAUCUACGGGUCGUUGUGGAACGCGGACGACUGGGCUACGCAAGGAGGGAGGGUGAAGACGAACUGGACCAACGCUCCGUUCGUUGUCACCUUCAACUCCUUGGAGAUCGACGCGUGUGCUUUCUUGUCAGACAAAGCAGACGAUGUUGAUGCAGUGGCAAAGUGCGGGAAAUCGGGGCAGUUUUGGUGGGAUAAACCGGUGGUGAAGGAGGAGCACAAGAGAAGGAGAAAACAGCUCAAGUGGGUUCGUGACAACUUCUUGGUUUAUGAUUAUUGUAGAGAUGUUGGCAGAUUUCCCCAAGGAUUACCCAAAGAAUGCCAUGGUUGAUGUAGUGUGUGUUUGUGUGUGUUUUUUUCUUUAGAAUUGUAUUUGAAUAAGUGUGUUUGCUUUCAAUUCGAAAGCUUGUGUUGUGUUUGAAUGUGAGUUCUUGUUAAUGAAAUUUCAAGAUUUGAAUC